AUGCCGCGUCACGAACCUGCGCGUUCCGAGAGAAACUUUUCUCAGGCCCACAAUCAAGUCGGAGGGAUCCUCCGCGCAGCUCAAUCUCUAGGAAGCAUGAAAGGAUGUUCUGUAAAGAGUCAAAUCACGCGCAACCCAUCCCAAUAUAACUGCAGUUGUUCGCGGGUCUCCUUGCAGAGAAAGGCCACCGAACCUGGACACUGCAGUGGGCGCUGCGGGAGGGCGAAAGACCUGGGAGAUCUGCGAACCCAAAACUCCGAUGAGGCCCCAGCCACCUCCGCCCUCGUCCCGCGACCCUCGCCGGCUCGGGUUCCCCGCGGGGUCCGCGGGGCCUGGGGCGCUCACGCCGCCCACCCAGGGGACCGCGCAGGGGUGAAGUCCCCGCCGCCCCGCCUGCGCCUUCCAGACCUCGGGCGCCCGGGCGUCGCCUCGGGAGCUCCCCGCGCGGCCGCCACAGCCCGGGCCAGCUCCAGCUCCCCGACACGCGUAGCCGCUGGGCUCGCCGAGGACCGGUCCCGAGGUUUCCUAGGCCUCGCGCGCGCGCUCUCCGGGACCACCGAGACGUUCCAGGCCGCGCGCUCUCGAGCGCUCCCCGUCACGCGACUGCGCCGCCCCGCCCGUCGGCCUCGCUCCCGCCACGGGGCUCGGAGCGCGCCGCCGCCGCAGCCUCGGUCACGCCGCAGAUGCCCACGCGCGCAUCUUAGCAGCCGACUCGUCACCAGCCUGCUCAGACUAGGUUCUGCCCACUCUGACCUUCUAAAUGUUUCAGCAUCUAGUACACUAUCUGCGAUGGAACAGGUGAGCUGGAAUAUUUGUAGAAUGCAUGGGUGGACUAAAGACCUAUCAUCUCACUCUAGAUCACCCAGCAUGUUGGAGAAAGCUACUGACCAUCUGCUAUUCCUAACACUUUGGACACUGUGGAGAAAGAAUAAUAGUGCAUUUAUGAUUGUUCCAGGAAACAAGAAGCCAAGAAUUAGACAAAUUGGCUAGGCACAGUGGCUCAUGCCUGCAAUCCCAGCACUUUGGGAGG